AUGACGAUCAUCUCGUCAUUUGUUGAUCUUCCCGCACUCCUCACCAUCCUCAUAUACCUCCUCCACCGUUGUGACGCCAACUAUGAAGUCGAGUCGGUCUCCGGGUCAGGGAAUUUGCUAUCGACAAAGCUGAAACUUGUAGGCGGGACGGCGGAGUUCGGUCCAGAUGUCAAGCGGCUCAAUUUGACUGCAAGCCUAGAGACGGACAACUGGCUCCACGUGCGCAUCACUGAUGCUAACCAUUCGCGAUGGGAGGUACCCCAGGACGUUAUCCCGCGUCCAAUGCCGGCGCUGGAGGACGUCUUGCUACAUUCCUCGGGCAUGAGCAAUGCUUCCUUGCCCGGCAGCCGCACCAUGUCCAGCGAGUCUUUAGACCUGACCUUCACCAUCCACACCGCCCCGUUCCGCUUCACCGUCUCCCGCCGCUCCACCGGAGACGUCCUCUUCGACACCUCCGCCACACUUGUCUUCAAGAACCGGGAUGCAGUGCCCUCGCAUUGA